UUACUCUUGAUUGAAUCAGUAAUUGGAUGCAGUUCAAUCGAAAAUAAUAGGUUUUAUUGUAAGACCUCUUGCGCUUCUAUAGUUUGUAUUUUCAUAGCCAAGGAUUCUUUUUCGGAACUUGAAAUCUCGAAUCUCGAAAUGUUUGUUAGGCCCUUUGAAAUUUUAGCGUUGCGAAAUAUUCUCUCGCGCCCUCGGGUGGACGGGCAAGAUUCUUCGGAUUCUGAAAUUCGGGCUGUUUUACAGUCUUUUGAAUUCACGGUACGGCCAUUGUGCUCUUGAAUUUUCGGACGCGGCGAGAUUAUCGAGCGCCCGGAUCCUCGGAUCUCUCUCAGCCGAUCGCGAGUCCAAUCCACACUCGGAGAUCAUCUCGAAAUCUCCCGCUCGAUAAUAGAAUCCCGGGGGAGGAAAAGGAAACCAACCGUGCGAGAUAAGAGGGCUUAUCUACAACCUCUAUCCCGUACACACCUCUCGCUUCAAUCAUAAGAUAGAGAGAUCUAUUCGCGGUCUUCUCUCUGCACCUCUCCUCUCCAAUCGUACAUCUGAGAUCACGAGGUGGAGAGCCAGGAGGAAGAGGAAGAAGAAUAAGAAGAAGAGAGGGUCGCGUAUGAACUUGCAGACGUCGUCGUCGUCGUCGUCGCUAUGGCGAACGUAUGCAUGGCUGCGCAAUUAAGGCCCGCGAUCGCGCUCGUUCCCGAGAGGGAACGGAAAUAGACCGUAGGAGAGAAAAAGGGAGGCUGCCACGCCGUGCCCUGCCACGCCACGCCACGCCAUGCCACGCCACGCUACGGCCGAUUCAUCGAUGACCGCUUAUUUACAGAGAAGCAGAGAGAAGAAGGAACACGACCCGAGUGUAGAUGCGAGCGCGGGAUAGCCCACGAGGCGCGCUCUGCAACCCUUUGCCCAAUCUCUCCAGGCAUCUCUCUUUCUCCGAGUCCUCCCUCUGUCACUCUCCCCGCGUCUUCGAUCCUGCUCCUCCUCCUCCUCUUUCUCCUCUUCCUCCUUUUUGCCCGAGGAGGCAAUUAAAGCAUCCGGGUAAUUCUCAAGCCUCGAUCUCUCGCGACGACGAACCACCUGGUGGAUCGCCCGGUCUCUCGAGGUCCUUGACGAUCGAUUGAAAAAAGAAUGUCUCGACAAUCGCGAAGUGUAUGCAUACUUCUCUUAUAUUAAAUAUCGCAUCGUUACUGAAAACGAUCAAUUAUUUCCAAUCAUAACUAUUCAAGAAUUAAAAUAUGACUUAUCAGAUUACGUUCAAAGGAGGAGAACUCUCGAAUUUUCUCAACGUAUCAAUUUUCUUUUGGACAUUUGUUCAUGUUAUGGUUAAUUUGAAUUUAUUUUUUUCUCAGUGUCUCGAGGUUGAUCCUUAUGAAAAAAUACACCCAACUAGGCGUUGGUGGUCCGAAAUGACACUCAAAUUGAGUUAACUCCCAAAUAAACCUCCAACUUGAGGGUUAACACUCAAUUUGAGCGUCAUUUUGAAGUUGGGUGUAUUCUUUCGAGGGAAGGAAGUUAUUCAUAUACUAUUUUAAAGUAUUUGAUUCCCAUGUUCCGCGGCCGAAAUUUCUUUUCUCAUAAGCUCCUUCGAUCGUCAGUGAUAUCCCUGCUAGCUCCCUAGCGCAAUCCUCAGAAUUAAACCCGCUAUCAAUGAUCCAUCACACACGCUCGGCGGCAGCAGCCCUUAGACACUGACAACUAUUCCACAGACUGCGCGCGAGUAAGCGGAGCGCGACCCCCGAGGUGGGGGAUGAGAGGCGGCGUGCCAAGGGUGCAAUUGGUGGUUGUGCCGGACGGGGGAUAGACCGAACCGACGGGCGAGAGAGUAGGGAACGUAGGGUACACAAAGGUCCGCUGUACCGAGAGCUCAUUAGGCACCCGGACAGCCGGAGAGAGCGGUCUCUCUCAUCUCGACACCUCGCCCAGCCUCCCUCCGCUCCAGCGGCGUCGUUAUGGUCGUCUCGCGGACUACGUCCGACCGGCGCCGGCGAUUUCUGAAGAAAUGGGAGGAUGAGGAGUGGAGCGACUCGGAGAAGACCCCGUCGGUGAGCAGCGGCGUGGACGGUGGCGGAUCGGCGGUAUCAAGUCCGGUCGCACCGCCGGUGAUUGAGGAGGACUCGAGUUUGCCACCUCCUCCGAGACUUAACCCCACGUCGUCCUCGACCAGCUCCUCCGCAAGCGAAGACAUCAAGCUACGCCUCAGCGUGCUCUCGGAGGACACGAGGAAGCGCCUAGUUAAUCUCACUGAGGACAUCGAGGCUAGAGCAGCAAGAGAUCGCCAUGGACCGCCCAGGACCGUGCGGACACGAGAGUCGAGUCCCAAGGACGUCGACGAGGAGCAGCAGGGGGCUAAGGAGGACGAGUGCCAGACGAGGCCGUCGUCCUCGUUGUCGUCCAGUGCCGUGAAGAGGCGGGACUCUGCCUGCCGCAGGGACUCAGAGGACUCGAUCGCCGCGGGGGAAACCAAGAGGAUACGACUCGACGACGAGGCAGCACCAAGACUGAGACUCAAUACUAGUCUGGCGACGGAUCCCGCCCUGCGGCCCGCCGCCGUCGCCGCCCUUACCGUGAAGCCCGAGAACACGUCGCCGCCGAACCCGACGCCGCCGCUUCCGGCUGGACUGCAGAACGCGAUCGCAUCAGGUCGCUUGUUUGUCCUUCCAACCGACGGCAAGGAGACGAUCACGGUGGAGCCGGCCAGGCCUCCUCCGACUGGCCUGUUCUGCCCACCGUGCGGCAUCCGAUUCAGCUCGGCGAGCACCCUCGAGGCCCAUCGCACCUUCUACUGCGCCCACCGACCUCGCGUAGACGAGGAUACGGCGAACGACGAGGACGACGAGGGUGGCAAGUCCGGCGGCAAGUUCGAGGUACGGAAGGCGUAUGCGUGCCCGCACUGCUCCUACAGCGCCGACAAGAAGGUGUCCCUGAAUCGCCACAUGCGAAUGCACGCGGCCUCGCCGGCACCGCCAACGGUACCGUCAUCUGUGGCAGCGGCGGCGGUUGCGGUGGUGGCGAAUCCGAACUCCUCGACGGGCAACUCGGCCGGGGCUGGUCAAACCACCGCGGCUAAUGGUUCUCUGAACGAGGAGGCAGAGAGAUACUGCCGGAACUGCGACAUUCGAUUCAGCUCCUUGAAGACGUACAGGGCGCACAAAACGCAUUAUUGCAGCACGAGGCACGUGGUGAAGGAUACGACGUUGCCGACACCAACAGCGACGCCGGCGUCUUCGGUGAAGGCGUCGCCGCCGACCAGUUCGAGUCCUGGUGAUUCGCCACCCCCGCAGCCAUGCCUGGCGCUGCCCACCAACCCCAUCCUCAUCGUGCCGUAUUCGUUAUUCCGCGGUGCGAGCGUUCUCGCCGCGCCAGCACUUCCGGCCCCCGACACAGCGUGCUUCCUUUUGCCAAAUGGAUCCCUUCAGCCAAUGACGAGGGGCCUCGCUACCUCGGCGCAGAACGCCGUGGUGGAACCACCGGCCGUUCUGAGGGCGGCGAACAAGCCCUCGACGCCGGCGUCGGUGGUCGCGACAGCGUCCACGUCGCCGUCCGCCUCGGCACCCCUCGAUCUCAGCAUACGCAGGUCACCAGUGCAUCAGGACGAGAAGGAGAACAGGAUGUCGCCGGCGCCGUCAUCUCUGCCUCCGCCUCCGGGCAGUCCCAGAUCUAGAGGCAGCGGCAGUCCAAGAACGAGGUCCAUCGGUCCGACUCAGACUGCCGUCGUCGCGCCACCCCCGCCCACGGAGCUCGCCCUGAGACUCGCUGAACUGCCGCCGCCCCCUGUUCCCGGGGUGCUCGUCAAGCAGGGCGUCUCCAAAUGCAAGGAAUGCAAUAUCGUGUUCUGCCGACACGAGAACUUUGUCGCUCAUAAGAAGCAUUACUGCCAGGCGAGGGAGACGACGGUGAACAAUAGUCCGCCGCCUCCCGGCACGCCCUCGCCACCUCUGGUCCAGCUCAUCUGUGCCGCGUGUGGUAUCAAGUUCGCUUCCAUAGACAAUUUGGUUGCUCAUCAAGCGUUCUACUGUCCCAAAAGGCCCGAACCCCAGGAGCAUCACGCGCGGUGUUCUAAGUGCAAGGCGAUAAUAGAACCCGGCAGCAAUCAUACCUGCACCAGCAGUGCGACUGGCGGCUGGCGAUGCCCAGUCUGCGGCGCCGUUAGUCCCACGGCUGGCGCCGCCCAGCGUCACAUGGACGCUCAUCAAGGUGUUAAGGCCUUCCGGUGUACGAUCUGUCGUUACAAGGGCAACACUUUACGCGGCAUGAGGACCCACAUUAGAAUGCACUUUGAGAAGCGCGGCACUGAUCUACAGGAGGAGAAUUAUAUAACGUGCGUGCUGGACGACGAGGUGACGUUGCCGCUGCCAGAACCCGCGGCUUCCACGACACCGGAGGAGAUUCCUGCUGAGAUCCAGGUGAACGGUAAGACGGAUACAAGAAAGAGUCCGCAACCACCACCCCCACCGCCGCCGCCGCCACCACCGUUGGCGCCAGCAGUCGCUGGCAAGCAGGUGAAACAGGAACGCGAAGACACGCCACCGCCAGAGGAGAGUCUAGAUCCCAACAAGAGCGGGCCGCGCUACUGCCGCUCCUGCGACAUCAGCUUCAACUACCUGAGUACAUUCAUCGCCCACAAAAAGUUCUACUGUUCGAGUCACGCCGGCGAAGCGAGCAAUAACAAUAACAACAAUAACAACAACAACAAUAAUGCCAGCGGCCAUCCGACUACGCCGCCGACCGGCAGGACUGAAGCGUCGGUGCUCUAAAUUUCCGAAGUUCUGCAGGCACGACGACACGAUUACUUCGCCGUUUGUUUCCUUUCUCGGAAGACCUCCUCGUAUUUUCUUUUAGAAUAUACGUUGAAAUAAUUAGAAAUAAUAAUUUGGAAAUAAUCUUUGAGAUUUUUCUGUUAGUACUUCGAGAUUAAUUUGAUCAGAUAAAACAGUGGAGACAUUUUAUUUUAAAUAAUUAUAAAAGUGUCUCGAGAAACACAAAUUUCAUUUUGAAAGAAAUUUCUCUAUGCAUAUAAUUAUGUAUGGAGUUAUAUUUUUUUUGUUAAAUGGUCAAAUUAAUUUAAUAUUCUGGGAAUAUUUAUGAAAAAAAUUAAGUGUAUGUAUUGAUGAACAUUGUAUAUUUUUUUAUUAAGGAGGGUCCAGGAAAAAAGUGAGAGACGAAACGUGUGAGAGACGCGAUAACAGACUAUAAAAAUGAGGACUGUUCAUUGUUGCCAGUUUAUACAUAAUAUAAUAAGCGACUAUCGGACUUCUUAGUUGAAUAUUACGUUGUGUGAUUUUUGUUGACCCAGGGAAUCGUUUGUACUUAUAAGCCGCAGGUAUCUAUGUGUAAAUAUAUAUACACUUACAUAUAUGUAGAUAUAUUUAUUAUAAUCGUGUUACAUUAUUUCGGAUUGCACUAUAAAAUAUUUUCAAGUAUUUCAAAGUGUUUUUCGAAAUAUAAUACAUAAUUGUAAUAUAUAUAUAUAUACAUAUAACAUGUAUAAUAAGGAAUCAUCUUGCACGUGGAUGGACGAACUUGCAGGAAAAAUUUGCAAACAGAUUCAAAACUACACACAUUUGAUAUAAUAAUAUGAUUAUUAAUAAACAUAGUCUGCAUAUAAUAUGAUAAUAAAAUAUAAUCUAACGAAAUUAAUUUAAGAAUUUAACUUUUCUUUCAUUAAGUUAGUAUUGUUUAUCUCUAUUUCCUAUCUAUUUUAAUCUGAGGUAAAAAUAUAAAUAUAUGUAUUUUUGUUACGUUCUAUCUUUCUUUUCUUUAUCAUUUAUUCUUCAUUCGUUUGUCUCUCAGUCGCCGAUUUCAGAUUUAAUCAACAUUAAUGAAAUAAAAGGCCUUAUAACAUAAAUUAAUUUGCAUCCAAAAAUGUAUACCGUAGGACGUUUUACAUAUAUACAUGACUCUGUUUGCAAACAAUCCUCUUGGCGAUCGUUGCGUCAUUCCAACGUUCUUGAGAAGCAAUUUUUGAGAGUGUCCGUAAGAAUCGACGUCUCGCGUCGCGUCGUCCUGUAUAUAAAAAAAUCGGCGUAAAGCAAAGCGAAGAAAGAAAACGACUCGGUUCUCGACGCCAAUUGAUCGAUCGAUUCAGGCGUUGCUGUGCAAUCUCAUGACUCUCCAAUAAUCUCGUAGCGUUAAUAAUCGACAUUAUCUUACGAACGAAUACGAUGAGUGUAAAAUGUUGUACAGUAGGCGAGUAGAGUAUUACGGAGCAGUAGUAAGCGAUCCUGAUGAAUGAUACCAAUCUCAGCUUGUGAAUCUGCUAAGUUACGUUGCGCAAUGUAUGACAUUUAAUAAUAUAUAUAUAUAUAUAUAUUAUAUAUAAAUAAAAAAAUACGCAUGACCGCGAAAAUCGCGUCCGCGUUUGCGAAUAAUAACCUGAUUGCGUCGAUAAAUAUUGAGGGAAUUUAAAGUGCAUUUAACAUAGUAUGUCAUAAAAUAUGAGACUUUAUAGCGGGCGAGAUCUAUUCAUGAUGAAAAUUUUCUUACUGGCUAUUAUUUAUCUGUCACAAAUUUUUGAAGAAAAAGAGAUGAUUAAGAGAGAAAAUGUAAAAAUAUUAUAUUUCAGAUAUUUUUAAUAUUAAAUAUACUUUAAUGAUAUAAAUUAAGUUUUGUCAAAUUUGUCAAAAUAGAAAUCCAGCAAAAUUUAAUUAACUUCUUAAACUACUAAAGCUCCAUCGAGUCUAUAUUUUUAAUAACAAUUUCAUAAAUUUAAUAUUUUUAUUACAAAAAAGUGAUUAAGGAUCGAUUCAAGUUCAUUGAGAAAAUUAAAAUUUUGUAGAGAUAUUUGGGGAAUUAUUGAGACAUUUUGUAUACAUAUUGCAACGAAUGCAAUUUUGUGACAGAAAGAUCUUCAAACGCCUCCCUCGGUGUUAUCAUUUGAAUUUUUAUCGGCGCACUCAGAUCCUAAAAUCAAAAGCGUGCUCGCGAAGCGGAACGAGCACACCUCUCGUCACAGGGCGCGUGUAAUGUAACAUAAAUUAGAAUUAAGGCCAGUGUUACGUGUAUACGCAAUGUACUACUCAUAUCAUAUGACGAGCUCGUUAAUUAAUUAAAAAGGGAAAAAAACACAAGAAAAAUGUGCCGAUCGUUAUCCGCGUGGCGGAUACUACGAGCGAGAGAGGCUUCGAGGCGCGAAAUCGUGAGGAGGAUCUCUUGCAAGAGACAAGUAAUCGCGUCACAUCGACCGGAUUUACUCUCUCCUCUCUAUCCUCUCCCCCGAUCAUUAUAGACAACUUGAGGUAAUUUUUUUUCGAGCCGCGAGACAUCUUUUGUUGAAUGUUACGUUGUUAAUCACGAAUUGAAUAUGUGUGUAUGUACGUGAGUGUGUGAAUGUGUGUGUGUACGACAAAAAGUUUGUAAAUCCACGCAACUGGUACUUCCAACAACUUGUUAUAAUUACGCUAUAAAUCUGGUGUAUAUCAUUACAUGCCAUAUCCACGA